CGUAAAACUAUCAUUGGCAAUGCCGACAACUUCUGGCUGCACUCUUCAAAGGAAAACAGCUUUGAUCUCACGCAUCCAGCAUCGCCCUCCAGCGAAGCAAUCUCACCGCGACUCGACCUGAUCACAUCGACUACACCCAUCACUCUGGAUCCGCAGAAGACAGCCCUCGUCAUCAUCGACAUGCAGAAUUUCUUUCUAUCAGAAGGAUUUGGGAGGAAGAGAGGUGCUGGUCACGAAGCAGCAAAAAACCUGGAGCAAUACGCCAUCCCCGCAGCGAGGAAAGCGGGCAUGCAAGUCAUAUGGCUGAAUUGGGGGUUGACAGAUCAAGACGUCGACGCCAUGCCUCCUGCAAUCAAACGUGCUUUCGGAUUCGAAGUCCUUGUAGACGAUGACGGAGAUGAAGAAGUCGAGGCCGAGACUGCCGACGGAGACGAUACUGUCGUGCUGGAGAACGGCAAGGAUAAACGCAUCUACAAGGGUCUUGGAGCCUGGUGUGGAGAAGUGAAGCUUGCAGACGGCACGACUGUUGAUGCAGGGCGUCUGCUCAUGCGCGAUGCCUGGAACUCUGCUCUAUACCCUCCUCUCGACACUUUGUACGCACAAGGUUGUGAGCUGCCUUCUAAGCCUGAUGUCUGGAUCCAUAAAGAUCGCAUGAGCGGUAUGUGGGGCACUCGCACCGACUGCGAGGACUUUUUGCGAGAGAAAGGAAUACGCAGUUUGCUCUUUGCCGGAGUAAACACGGAUCAAUGCGUUAGCGGGACAUUUACAGAUGCAUUCAGCAAGGGCUAUGAUUGUGUGAUGCUCAGGGACGCAUGCGGUACUACAAGCCCAGAGUUCUCGCAGCAGUGCAUUGAGUUCAAUGCAGCGAAGAGUUGGGGGUUCGUAGCAACGUGUGAGGACCUAGCGAGAGGUGUG